UCCCCCGCCCCCGGCAGCCCGGCCUCCAGCCCCGCGCUGCCUGCCAGGUUUCCCUAGCAAUGGGCCGUGCCGUACGACGCGGCGGGCUGUCCCUCCCCGCGGCCUCCCCAGGCUGGCCGGCCUCCCGACAGCCUCCAGCUCCCCUCYCGCCAUGCUCCAGCCUCCUCCCGCCCGCCCGCACCUCCUUCCGCCGCCGCUCCCUCAGGCAGCCCAUGGCCGGACCGUGCUCGGCGCGGCUGCAGGGCGACGUGGCCGCCUUCACCGCUGCCCUCCGCAGCCUGGUCAACAACCCCCAGUUCAGCGAUGUGAUGUUCGUGGUGGGCCGRGAGCAGCAGCAGGUGUUUGCGCACCGCUGUGUGCUGGCGUGCCGCUGUCAGGCGUUCCGUGGGAUGCUCAGCCAGGCGCCGGUGGGCAGCCAGGACUCCUCCAGCAGCAUCCCACCCCAGGGACCCUUCAUCCUGGGCAACGUGCAGCCUGAGGUCUUUCUGGCUGUCAUCGAAUUCCUCUACACCAACAGUGUCACCCUCAACAGCCACAUCGCGCUGGAGGUGCUGACCUCGUCAGUGGAGUAUGGCUUGCAGGACCUGUGCAAGCUCUGUGUCAAGUUCCUCAAGGACACACUGAGUGUGGAGCAGGUCUGUGAGGCCCUGCAGGCUGCGGUGACCUAUGGGCAGGCAGACCUGCAGCAGCACUGCCUGGCCUUCAUCGAGGGCUGCACCGCGGCAGUGGUGCGGACACAGGGCUUCCGUGAGCUCUCCGAUGUGGUGCUGGCRCGGGUGCUGCGCAGUGACCGCCUGGCUGUGGACGAGCUGGAGCUGGUGCAGGCUGUGCGAGAGUGGGCACACGUCAGCUCGGCUGUCCUGGAGCGUCCUGUGCCAGAGGUGGCUGCCCUGCCUGUGAGGGAGCUGCGUCUUCCCUUGUUGGCACCCAACGAACUGGUGACACUGGAGAGCUACAACCAGCAGGACCUGCUCAUCCCGGUGGAGAACAUCGCGGCAGCCUGGCGUGCCCAUGCACUGAGGAAGGGCAGUGGGGUGCCCUCCCGCCUCUGCCGUCCCCGCAGGGGCACACGGCCCCGUGACCACCACCGUCACCUCGAGCCACAAGCCAAGUAGGGGCUGGGCAGCCAGUUUUGUCCAGCCCAGCAUGGGGCUCUGCAGGGCCARGGUGUGGGGCUGGGCACUGAUGCUAGCGUGGCCAAGAGCAUCAUUAAGGUUGUCCCGUGUCACAGCAUCAGGGCCAGGGCAGGAUGCCUGCGUCACCCCAAAAAGUAAUGCAGGAACUGGGGGUAGGGUAGAGCUGGGUUACACGAUAGGUGCGAGGACACUGCAGGCAGCACGGACAGUGACCCGAGGGUGGCGGUGCUGCAAGGACCCAACGCUGCCGGAUGGGGACCCAAGAUGAGCUCCCCUUCCCCGGGGCCGUGCUGCCCUCCCCCGGCAGCCGGGCCGUGCUGCAGCGGGAGCGAACGCCGGCUUGGGGACCCUGGGGCUUAGAGCGGGGACAGGUGGGAGGGGACACUCGGAUAUCUCUGCAUGCACCGCUGCACCCACAGGCUCCCACCCUCCACGGCCCCCCAAGCCCCGCCAGCAGACACAGGCCACACACGCAGGACAGGCUGCCAGUUCUCCAUGUGCCACACACACUCUACACACAGCGUGCAGCCCCCCCUGCACCCCCGUUGCGUGUGUG